AUGGUAGAGAGAGAGCUGGCGUCCCUUCCAACUACUCCAGAUCAUUCCUCGCUGCCUAUGGCGGCGAUUGAGAGUGCCACAACAGCCGUAAAAGCGAGUUCACAAUGGGACAUUAGUGUUAGGUCCGUUCUCGCUCUAACAGGCGCUUUUCUCGCCCUCUUUUGCACCUUGGGAUUCCAAAAUGCCUUCGGCGUCUUCCACGAAUAUUACGGACGCGCAGAAUUAAAGGGUUACUCCGAUUUCGAUAUUGCAUGGAUCGGCGCCCUUCUGACAUUCAUGUUCUUGUUUUGCGCCGCUCCCGCUGGUAUUCUCGUUGACCGUGUUGGGCCGACGCCCCUCUUGGCCUUCGGCAGUCUGGGUACCAUAUUCGCAACUUUCAUGACCUCCCUAUGCGAUCAGUAUUAUCAAUUCAUCCUCGCUCAAGGACUCACCUUAGGAGUCUCUAAUGCCUUCCUGCUUACGCCGGCGAUGACGACGGUGUCGCAUCUUUUUGACAAAUAUCGGGGUACUGCGACAGGCAUCAUGAUCGCUGGGUCGUCGAUUGGUGGUAUUAUCUGGCCAAUCAUGCUAGAUCAGCUCUUGAAUAAGCGUCAGAGGAGCUUUGGCUGGUCACUCCGAAUCGCGGGAUUUGUGAUGAUACCUGUCUGCCUUCUCAUCACACUGGCAAUUCGAGUGCCUUCAAAGAGGAACGAUGCGAGGCAAGCAGAUAAUGCCAACAGGGGAGCAAAUAACGGGCCCAGCAAGGAAAAAAAGGCCGAUAUCUCCACCGUGAAAAAUCCCACUUUCAUCCUGCUCUGCAUCGGAUUGUCUGUCGCAACAUUUGGUCUCUUCGCACCUCUGUUCUUUAUCCCGACGUAUGCAGUGGCGAAUGGUCUUUCGGCCAGUCUAGCCUUUUACCUCAUCUCAAUGCUCAACGGCGCCUCCCUAGUGGGAAGAGUGUCGAUGGGGUAUCUCGCCGACAAGUACGGGAAUCUCAACCUGUGCUUCGCUACAACUGCACUCACGGGUGUAAUUGCUAUGUGUUGGAACAAGGCCACCAGCAAGGCGGCAAUUAUAAUCUUCGCUUUGGCUUGUGGCUAUACUUCUGGUGCUAUGUUCAUUUUGCAAACACCUUGUGCGGUGCAGCUAGCCACGCCGGAGUCUCGUGGCACCGCGAUCGGACUUCUCAUGAUCGCCCCUGCUCUUCCCGGGCUUGUCGGCACUCCAAUUAGUGGGCGCUUAGUUCCCAAAGGCUAUCUCGCACUCUCCAUGUAUGCAGGCGCGUUUCUGCUUGCAGGUUCCGCCCUGAUCCUCUGGGCACGCCUGCGCCAAAAUUCGAAGGUGCUUAGCAAGGUGUGAGGCUAUUGAAGGCUCUGCGGAGUGCCCCAGUUGUUGGUUUCCUGGCUGCGAAUAGUUAGACACAAGGUUAUGGUUAGUAAUAACUCGAAGAAAACGGCGUUUGUACGGAGUAAUACCCGACGCUAUUCUGCAUUGUUGUUUCUUUCAGAUAAGUUUCUCGUGUGACAUCAUUCCGGAUGGUGCCCCUAUCUCCCACCAGCAGGGUGGAUAUGGAUCGGCGGGUGGUAUUUUCGCCACAGUGCUCGUUCGGC